UAUAAGUAUAAAUAUAAAUAUAUUUUAUAUAAAAGAGAGAUAUGUUAAUAAAAGUAUCCAGUGGCCCAAACUGAUUGCAAAACCCUAGCUUGUUUCGCAGCCAUCGGUCAACCAGGAGAAAGAACUUCCGCUUACUCUCUCUCCACAUCUGUAGGUCUGUUACUAUUCCAGCAGUGCUCACUUCCUCACCAUGUCGGACAGUCAUGAAACUGAUAAUAACAUUGAGAUCUGGAAGAUCAAAAAGCUUAUCAAGGCUCUUGAAGCUGCUCGUGGAAAUGGAACCAGUAUGAUAUCUUUAAUUAUGCCUCCCAAAGAUCAAGUAUCUCGAGUUACAAAGAUGCUUGGGGAUGAAUACGGCACUGCUUCAAACAUAAAAAGUAGGGUAAAUCGUCAAUCUGUUUUAGGUGCAAUCACAUCUGCUCAGCAAAGGCUAAAGCUGUACAAUAGGGUUCCUCCAAAUGGGCUUGUGCUUUACAUAGGGACUAUAGUCACUGAUGAAGGGAAGGAGAAGAAGGUUACAUUUGACUUUGAGCCCUUCAGGCCUAUCAAUGCCUCUCUUUAUCUUUGUGACAACAAGUUCCAUACUGAAGCUCUGAAUGAACUUUUAGAAUCUGAUGACAAGUUUGGCUUCAUAGUUAUGGAUGGUAAUGGGACCCUUUUUGGAACAUUGAGUGGAAACACGAGAGAGGUUCUUCAUAAGUUCACGGUUGAUCUCCCGAAGAAACAUGGAAGAGGAGGGCAGUCAGCUCUUCGUUUUGCUCGCCUCCGAAUGGAGAAGCGCCACAACUAUGUAAGGAAGACAGCAGAGCUUGCCACACAGUUUUAUAUUAAUCCUGCCACCAGUCAGCCUAAUGUUGCAGGAUUAAUACUUGCUGGAUCUGCAGACUUCAAAACUGAGCUGAGUCAGUCUGAUAUGUUUGAUCAACGUCUUCAGGCAAAGAUUUUGAAUGUUGUAGAUGUUUCUUAUGGGGGAGAAAAUGGAUUUAAUCAAGCUAUUGAAUUAUCAGCAGAGAUACUCUCCAAUGUGAAGUUUAUACAGGAAAAGCGCUUGAUAGGCAAAUACUUUGAUGAAAUUAGUCAGGAUACUGGAAAGUAUGUGUUUGGCGUGGAAGAUACUUUAAAGGCUCUGGAGAUGGGUGCUGUUGAAAUUCUUAUUGUGUGGGAGAAUCUGGAUAUUAACAGAUAUGUUCUUAAGCAUGGCACUACAAAUGAAAUAAUCAUAAAGCACUUGAACAAAGAACAAGAGUCUGAUCAAGGCAAUUUCCGUGACUCAGAAACAAAUGCUGAGCUAGAGGUUCAGGACAAGAUGUCACUGCUUGAGUGGUUUGCCAGUGAAUACAAAAACUUUGGUUGCUCACUUGAGUUCGUUACAAACAAAUCGCAAGAGGGAUCUCAGUUUUGCAGAGGUUUUGGAGGAAUUGGGGGAAUCCUUCGCUACCAGCUUGAUAUACGAUCUUUUGAUGAUCUCUCUGAUGAUGAAGUUUAUGAAGAUUCUGACUAGCAAUCAAUUAACUAUUCCCAUACUGGUGCAGGGACACAGGGACUGCACCAGGGCACGUGUUCUCGUGCUAUUGCUGUUCCUGAGUAGUUGCUGAGAUGUUUGAAGAGUUGUACUAAGUUUGGAUGAAAAAUCUGGAUGGUAAUCUUGUUAAAGCUUUUAUUCUGUGAGGGACCUUAUGAAGCCUUAUUCUCGCUCUUAUCGUGGUAUGAAAGUUGAAGAUGUAUUCUGAACUCAAAUUUAGAAGCACGUUGCAAAGCGUGUAGGGGAGGGAUGUGGAGAACUUAUAUUUUCUGCUUAACUACUUACUAUUUAUCAAGUCAACUUUAUACUUGUUCAUGAAUGUGAAGUUUUUGUGCUGUAUUGAAAAUUUAUGCUACAUGGCAAUUUUAAAACUGUAAUAGUGUUGGCAUAUUAUAAUUUACUUGGAGGAGUGCCUUAUUGCAAUUAUUGCUCGUUA